CCGCCGCCGCCAUGUCAGCGCUUUUCCGCUCCCUGCUCGUGCUCGCCGCACUACUCGCGCUAGUCGCGCUCAUGGCGCUACUCGCCAACGCUUCCCAUGAAGAAAUCUGCACUACUGAGCUAUUUGGCAGAAAAACUAUAGACGACCUAUACGGAAGGCCGAUCAGAUUUUAUACCGGAGGUGGUCGUAUCGACAUUCCAGAUGGUUGCAAAAAACAAGGCAAAAGGUUAGCGGGCGAGCUGGUCAAGGUGUGCAAUUAUAACCAGAACGGGCGGAAUGGUGUGCCCAGCGUCGUUGAGUUGGACGACUUCUCGCCGCUAAACGUGACCUGCACCGACGGAUGUCCUGGAGGCGGCUCUGUAACCUAUACGCAGUACUGCCACUACACCUAG